CUUGGGAACAAAGAAUCUCGUGUGAGAAUAAGCAAACUACAGCACUGGGCACCAUGUGAUAACUCGAUUCCUCACUGCCUGCGCCCUUUUCCGCACUCCCUACCUCGCUGCCGCAGUCUGUCCGCAUACCAUACACGACACGAUGGCAGCAGUGCAUGGUCUUAUCGAUCUGAGUGGGAAGUCGCAAGCGGUAUUCCCAAUCCGCUUAGGCGCUAGCAUCACAAAGCCUUCAGACGGAACGCACUUCGCCAGUAUACGAUACAACCACAAACCUGCCUUGAAGCCAACGGAGGACGUGAAAGCAUCCAUCGGACAUGGUCCUAACGGGAACGAGCUCUUGCUGGAAGCAGGAAGCGGACGUUACGCCUAUCGCGGGGAAUAUAGGCAAGAUGUCGGGACUUUCGUGCUGGUCGAGAGAGGAGAAGGACAGGACAAGGAAAUGGUGCUGGAGAGGCUGGACGGGAUGCACACCUUCAAUCUGAUCAGUACACCUGCACAAAGCAAUGCUGCCAAGCUUGAGCAGAUGUAUCCACACCUCUCUGAAGCGCCGGCUGAGGAUGACUUAUUUGGAGAUGACGAUGAGGACUCCCCCCCAGACGCGUCGAACCCCUUCGACUAUCGCCAUUUUCUCAAAGCAGAGCUGGAGAAGCAGGAGCCGGUUGUGGAGCCCGGCCGUAGCACUUUGGGAACCCCGGUAGUGCAGCCUGUUGCACGCAGCACGCCUGGCGCCCGUGCAGUCAAGCCUGCUGCAAAGUCGAAGGCUCCCGCCAAGCGCAAAACCGCUGCGGACAAGUCGAAUACGAAGCGUGUCAAGGCAGGCCAGGAGCCGGCGACUGUACCGCCCCCUGUGAAAUCCAACCCCUCGAAAGCGAAACCGGACAUCCCAAAGGUACGCAUGGACCGCAAGGCCUCGGUGCGCAAACCAUCCAUAGACGAUUCAGGCGAACUCAUCUUGGAGAACGAGACGCCAGUAACAGAGAAGCCCCCGAGGGCAGCUGGAGCCAUGGCAUGGGCGCUCAAUGGCGCACUCAACACGGGUCCAAUCAGCCUGGCGUCUGCUGCGAGCAGUCCAGGCUUGGCCUCUCCCGCUCCAGAGAAAGGGGAGGAGGCGGAGCAAGAGGAGAUUCAAGAGUACGAAUUUGACUUUGGCGAUGGAAGCGAUGUGGAAGAUGAGGAGGACCAAAGUGAACUCGUGCUUGAAAACGGCGAUGACGAUGGCGAGCUGGUACUCGAGGACGACGAUGCCGAUAUCGAGGAGCCUCUUGAGUUACCUUCUCCGGCACAGGCUCAUAGGCCGAGCGUCAGUAAAGCCGUCGCGCCUGGUGAAGAUGAAGACGAUGAUAUUGAGAAGCAGCUGGCGCUUGCCAUGGCGGCAGACGAUGAGGAGGAAGAAAGUGAGGAAGAGUGAUGGCAGUAACACCAUGUUGGAAAAGCCUUGUUGCACGUUGCACUGCGCCGAUGCCAACUUCAUCUUGUUGAUGGCUCAUUUGGGCCAAGCUUGAGCGAAGACUUGGCGCCUCGCUGCCUCGGCGAUGUGCUUAUCCUUCCGUCUGUGGAUAUGUCUCCUUAAUGAGCACACAGAAGACGGCAACCGGUUGCGAGCUCACUCUUGACCUGCGAGAUGAUUCUGGACAUAGAGCACCAUGGCACGAGACCUCGGAAAUUCGAGCGAUGGCCCAGCUCUCGUUACAAUAUCCUGAUUGCCUGGUAGAGAGUAUCUCUUCCCACUGUCUCCGGCUCAUUGGAACAAGAUCGCCUGAAGAGAUCGUAUGGCCUUUUUACGCGGUGUUGUGCUUAUGGGGUUGAGACCGGGUUCGCCUACGGACGACCCCGUGGUCUCGAACCGCGUCUUCUACCUUGCCACACAAGAACGAGACUGUCAUGAUAGCCCUGGGUUAGCGAGAUACUAGGAGGCUCUCUUUCACGCUCGAUAGAUUGUACGGCUCGCGCAGACCGGUGCAGAAGAUUCAUUCGUGAGAGAGCGUGGCACGGACUUGACGAGCGGUCGUCAGGCUGAUCUCUCCGCAGCCUCGCCGUGAACACAGCCAUCGGAGAGACCUAGGGGCAUGGAAGUCCAGUAGGCACAUCUCUGGAGACGACCACUACCUACUUGUGCGAGCUUUCGGAGGUGUUGUUUUACAAAAUGGUGUGUAGCUCUAUUCUGUAGUGAGGUUGCCCCAUGCGAACGAAGCCUACAUAUGUUGCAACAUCAUUUGGAGAUGGGAGCAACUUAGAAAACCUGGAGCAGAGCCUAGUUUAGCUUCAUCUUCGUGAGAUAAAUUGACGAAGAACAAUUGAGAUUUGCUCAACAGCUAUCAUAUGAUGUACCUGGUAUCUAUCAUUAUUCAAUC